AUGUCUACUACCUUAUUCGAAUCAUUAUCCAUAUCAAGCUGUUUAACUAUCAGAAGUAUACUUGUGCUACUACUACUAUCCGUGGCUGAUGCCUAUUCUCUAUGUAACCAAAAUACCAAAUAUGAAUGUGAAUGCACAACAUUAUGCUGGGAUAUAGUAGCAUCAGGUGAUACAAUAGAUUGGUUAUCAAUAUCAAUCUCUGAAUGUCCUCCACAAUUCAAUGAAACAACAUUUCGAAGAAAAAUAUCCGCUUGGAUAAAUGAAGAAUGUAAUUCAGCUUUAACAUGUAAUCUCAAUCAUUUACUAACUGAAAAUGAAAUUCUAAUCGGAGAGUAUUCAUGUCAAACAGAGCUCAAGGAGAUCCGCAUCUUAGCUUUAAGGAAUGCUUCCAAUCCCAUUGAACACAACAAUGUUAUUCCUUCAAAUCUGAUUGGGCAAGUCAUACAAAGCCGUGAGCAUCUUCUGUCGUUUUUACUUCAUGCUGAUCUGCAAGCUGUAACUCUCCAUAGACGAUUCCGAGUCAGCAGUGAAGUCCAAAAGGAAUCAUUGAGAUGGUCAAUGGUCGUCUUAAGUAUCAUAUUCGCUGUUUUCUUAUUCAUAAUUGGUUCAAUCGUCUAUUUUUCUCAAAUUUACAUCAAUUGGAAGAGAAUAGUGAAAGGCAAAUGGCAAUGUAAGGAAUAUCGAAAGGUACCGAACGUUCGUUACAGCGUUGAUGAGAUUGAGACCGGAGGACACAUAUGA